AUGAGUGAUGAUAAUAAGAAGCUUACAGAAGAAGAUUCAUUAGGCGUAAAGCUAGUUGAUCAAAAUGAAUUAGAAACGUCAAUUACCAGAAAGGCCAAUAAAGCAUUAUUAGUUAAAGAAACUGAAAUUGAUCAGAAGAGAUUAGAUAAAGCAAUUAAAGAUCUUAAUAAUACUAUAAAUAAGAUAGGCUCACUCCAAAAGAAACUUGUCAAUCCUAGAACUAAAAUAAGUGAACGAAAAUCAAUCAAAUUGGAUAUUGAAUGGUUUACUUCAAAUGAAUUAGAACCAAGACAGAAAGAUGUUGAAGAGAUUACUAUGAGAUUAAAUGAAGCUAAACAAAAACUAAAUACUCAAGAGGAUGAAAGCGAGAUUAAUGGAAAAGUAGAAAAGUUACCUGGAGAAUCAGAACGUGAAUUCUUAAUAAGAACUGGGAAGAUUACUGCAUUUGGAAAUGAAAACGCGUUUCAACAAGAACAAGAAAUAGAAAAUGUUGAGAGUCAUGUGUUUUUAAGAACUCCUGGGUUUGAUGAUGUGAUUGAUGUUCCUGCUGAUAGCAAGAAUGAUGAGGAGGUGGAUUAUAUUGACAGUGACAACGACGAAGAUUAUCAAGAAGAUACGCUUGCCUCCAAGAAGCGAAAGCGUCAAGACGAAUCUGACGUUGAUGAUGAAUACCUCGAAGAAGAAGAUCUAGCUCCAGAAUCCAGUGAAGAUGAAGAUAUUCAACAAUCUAGAAAUGAAGAGCAAAGGAACAUAGACGAUGGAGAUGAAGUGUUCUAUCAACAACGACUCAAAGAUUGGAUUAAACGAAGAUCAGCAUUAAGGAAAACAGACAACCAUCCCGAGCAAGAAGAAUGGUUUAAACCACAUCCCACAAUAUCCGAUGGUGUUCUAAAUGAUAAAUUUAAAUUGCCAGGAGAUAUAUUCCCUUCGCUCUUUGAUUAUCAAAAAACUUGCGUUCAAUGGUUAUGGGAAUUAUAUACCCAGAAAACAGGAGGCAUCAUUGGUGACGAAAUGGGAUUAGGGAAAACCAUCCAAAUUAUUGCAUUCUUAGCCGGAUUACAUUAUUCAGGACUAUUAGAUAAGCCAGUACUAGUGGUUGUUCCUGCAACAGUAUUGAAUCAAUGGGUGAAUGAAUUUCAUCGAUGGUGGCCCCCAUUGCGUUGUAUUAUCUUACAUAGUAUUGGAUCUGGAAUGGAUACCAAAAUUUCAGAAGAGAAAUUAGAAGAGUUUCUAGAAGAUAAAGAUCCUUAUGAAUCAAAAAGUUCUUUCAGAGGUAUCAAGAGUCAAAUCAAUGCCGAAGCAAUUAUAGAUCGUGUUAUGAAAAAUGGUCACGUUUUGGUGACAACUUAUGUCGGAUUAAGAAUUUAUUCCAAGCAUAUCCUUCCUCGUGAAUGGGGAUAUGUCGUACUUGAUGAAGGGCACAAAAUCAGAAAUCCAGAUCUGGACAUUUCCUUAACUUGUAAGCAAAUAAAAACCUAUAAUCGAAUAAUCCUUUCCGGAACCCCGAUCCAAAACAAUCUAAUUGAAUUAUGGUCUUUAUUCGACUUUGUAUUUCCAGGUAGAUUAGGCACUUUGCCAGUUUUCCAACAGCAAUUUUCCAUCCCCAUAAAUAUGGGAGGAUACGCCAAUGCAUCCAAUAUUCAAGUCCAAACAGGAUAUAAAUGUGCUGUUGUUUUGAGAGAUUUAAUCUCCCCUUAUUUAUUAAGAAGACUCAAGAGUGAUGUAGCCCAGGAUUUACCGAAAAAGAACGAAAUGGUGCUUUUUGUGAAAUUAACCAAAGUUCAACAAGACCUAUAUGAGAAGUUCUUACAUAGUGAAGAAUUAAAUUCGAUCUUAAAGGGAAGAAGAAAUGUUUUGAUGGGGGUUGAUAUCUUACGUAAGAUAUGUAAUCAUCCUGAUUUGGUGAAUCGGGAUAUAUUAAUGCAUAAACGGGGAUAUAAUUAUGGGAAUCCCGCCAAAUCUGGGAAAAUGCAAGUUUUGAAGAAUUUAUUACAAUUAUGGCAAAGUCAAGAUCAUAAAACAUUAUUAUUUUGUCAAACCAGACAAAUGUUAGAUAUCUUAGAAAAAUUCAUCCAAGCCCUUAAACUCCUAGAUCCAAAUACUGGAGAAGAAUCAACCGACUCUUAUUUCAGUUAUUUAAGAAUGGAUGGUGGAACACCAAUAGCAAAAAGGCAAAUCCUCGUUGAUCAAUUUAACCAAACACCAUCCAUUCACAUCUUCCUCCUCACCACCAAAGUCGGUGGCUUAGGUGUUAACCUCACUGGAGCAGACCGAGUCAUCAUUUAUGACCCCGACUGGAAUCCAUCUACUGAUAUCCAAGCCCGAGAACGUGCGUGGAGAUUAGGACAAAAGAAAGACAUCACAAUCUAUCGACUCAUGACUACGGGAUCGAUUGAAGAAAAGAUUUAUCAUCGACAGAUCUUUAAGACUUUCUUAACUAACAAAAUCCUCAAGGAUCCAAAACAACGGCGAUUUUUCAAAGUGAAUGAAUUGCAUGAUUUAUUCACACUAGGUGAUCAGAAUGAGGAAGGUACCGAAACGGGGGAAUUGUUUACUAGAGGUAAUAGUGGGUCAGAAGUUAAAUUUGGUGGAACUAAAACACGAAAAUCGACAAGUUUGAAAUAUAAAAAGAAAUAUCAGGAUGAUGAUGAUUUUUAUAAAGUGGCAAAAAUCACGGGAGUUUCGAAAUUGGAUAAAUAUGUAGAUGAACAAGAAGAACAAGAAGACGGGGGUCCUAAAGAUGAUGAGAGGAUUAUGGAGGGGAUUUUCUCCAAGAGUGGAGUGGUUCAUAGUACGUUAAAACACGAUGAUAUUGUGGAUUCUUCAUCUGCCGCGGAUGGGGAAAUGAGUCUAGUGGAACGAGAAGCCAAUCGGGUAGCCAAUGCUGCUGCUGAUGCGUUGAAGAAGUCAAGACGUUUAGCGAGACGGAAUGAGAUUGGGACACCUACUUGGACUGGAAAGUUUGGUCUUGCUGGGAAGUUUGGACCUAAGAAGAAGGCAAAGUCUGUUAAAUCAUCUUCUUCAUCGUUGCUGAUUCUUAAGGAAUUGAAAAAGAGGAAUGAUAAGAAUGAUGGAGGGAUGUUUGGGAGAGCCUCGAAUGAUAGAGAUCAAGAAGAAGUGGAUAGAGAGUUGACUAUAGGUAAAUUGGUGAGUUUUUUGCUGGAUCAACCUGAUUGUUUUAGUACUUCGAAUGAUAUUGUUAAGAAUGGUGAUGUGGAUAUGAAAUCUGAGAAUGAUAUGAUUGUAAUUAGAUCAAUGCUUAGAGAGAUUGCUAAUUGGGAUAAGGAACGUAAAGGCUGGAAAUUAAAAGACGAGUUUAAAUAG